AUGAUAGAACCAUCACGCUCUAGACAACUGACGAAUAACAGUGACGUCACGGAAGACUGUUCACCGCUACGUCUGGCGAUAGAAGACGACCAUAUUGAAGGUGUGCAAAGUGUGUUGGAUAUCCCUGGAUUAGAUGUCAACUUACUGGAGAAAGAGUAUUUGAGGAGAGAGGAGAUGUGGAGGAGUGCAUUAGAUGUGGCUGUGACAGGCAGAAAUGAAACAACUGUGAGCCUUCUCUGUGAGGCCGGGGCAGACGUUAAUUGCCCAAAUUCACUCGGGCAAACACCAUUCCACACAGCUUGUCACCAAGGCGAGGUGAGACUAGUCCGACUGCUACUGAAGUGGUCCGCGGACGUAAACCUAUGUGACGACAGCGGGAAAACGCCGCUAUGCAUUGCGGCGGGAAAUGAUCAUAAGGAGGUGCUAGAGGAAUUGCUGAGGAGCGGAGGUGAUCCAAAUAAGGCAGGGGUACCGGUCAAGGAUUUGAAGAGAUGUUCUCAUCCACUCCACAUUGCUGCCCACCAGGGACAUUCAGACAUCGUGGAUAUCUUGUGUAAGCAGAAGGGCAUACGGAUAGACCAGCUUGACGGCGUUCUCAAAACGCCUUUGAUGUAUGGAUGUGAAGCAGGAAAUAUACGAGUGGUCCAGACUUUGUUAUCGGCGGGAGCCAGCGUGAACCGUCGUGAUAAACACGGGCGGGUGCCUUUAGCACACGUCUUGUUUUCCAACAUGCGUCCGAUUUUGCGCCAUCAGGACACAGAUUUGUUUGUAUCCAACAAACAUUCCGCAGAGACUUUAGCGGUGCUGAUGGAAACUGGUGCUAAUCCCAACGUACCUGAUAACUUCGGUCUGACAGCAGCGCAGUACAGUGUUAUGUUAGCAGGCCAGUGGAAUUUAGCCGUGUUGUUCUUCUACCAUGGCGCCGAGAUGUUGUCAAAACGGCUACAGCCGAAUCUUUUAGCUGACUGGACAGAUUUGGCUAACGUAAAACGUCUAGCCGAAUUGUCUCCGGAAUUCCGGCCAUUCGCGGAAAAAGUUUUGCGUGAAUAUUCCAAGAGACUCUCUGAGGCGGAACGUGGAUCUCUGAGAAAGUGUUUGCGGGCUCCCUCGCGCCUAAAGGAUAUGUGUCGAUGUGUGAUACGGCUAUGUUUACAGACAAACACGGAGUCCUCCAUAUUCCCGCUCACUGAGCGCCUACCACUGCCAACGUUUCUUCAACAGUUCUUACGUUAUGAAAAUUCCUGA